CACAAGUACACUUAUUUAAGCACACAACGUAGUGGCAAAAUAAUACAGCAAAAGAAUUGAAUACAACAAGACACAUCUUUUAUAUGAUAUCCAGCAGAAAAACUCAGUUUGCUGUUUGGAACACUGAUUCCCACAGAAAGAAUGGCACAUCUAUACACCUCUCUUGUGUUGCUCUGUUUCUUCUGUUCAGUGUGGCCAAGUGAUUGGAUGAUUCACUUUACUUAUCUUGGAACAAAGUGUAUAGAAGACUGCAAGCUUGUGGGUCAUGAGUACAGGUGUAAGUCUACUGAUAAAGAUGGAAAUGUCUGGUCAAUGUACUGUUCACCUAAAACUAAAACAGACUACUGGGGUAGAGGAUGCGGUCAGUGUGGGAAGAGUGGAGAAGGCUACUAUUAUUGCAAAACUGGUUUAUUUUCUUGGGGAUAUUGUGGGCUGGUGACGGAUAAGAAUAUCUAUUAUGGAUCUAAGACAGGAGCGAUGUGUCAUGACAACUGUUAUCGAAGAGAUCACGGCAAGUUUUGGUGCGAUACUACACAGGGAAAAGAUUACUGCUCACCAUUUCUAUACACAGAUUACAAGAACAAGCAGUGUAAAGAAGACAGUCCAUGUAGGAAGCAGGGUCAAAAUUACAACUGGUGCUGGCUGAAGGAGGGAGGCUGGGGACACUGUGGGCCCGUGGAACCAAAGAUGUUUCUCCAUCGGUCUAAGAAAGAUCAUUUUUGCAUAGACGAAUGCCAGUAUCAUGAGAGUGGUGAUUACUACUGGUGCCACACUGACGAUGGCUGGGACUACUGCUCUCCAGAUGUGGAUGUAACCUAUAAAGACAAACCGUGUCGCUCAGACCACUCCUGUGGCUUACACGGUAAAAGUUACAACUGGUGCUGGACCUCAGAGUCAGAUUAUGAUUACUGCGGGCCCGUUGUAUCUGGAGAGUGCACUUAUGUCACCGAUCAAAAUCGCAACAGAGGAGACCUAAAAGACAGAAAACUGAUAUGCACACAGGUGGACAGAGCUAACAAGAAUAUCACCUUUAAUGUGAGGCCAGCUCCUAAUUGCAUCGCUGAUGGCAGUCAAUGGAAAAGCGAGGCAGGAACCUUAAUCAGGCGCUGGGACAAUGUGUACCUGGUGGACAAGGCCCACUCAAAUCUGAUCUUCUCUUAUAAUCUCCGUAUCGACAUAAAGGGCAUUAUCGAGCGCAACAAUCAGUCCUACUAUGACCUACGGAUCCAUGUGAAACAGGGGCCUGGUAGAAGCACCAUUACGUCUCAGAUCAUCGUGCCUCCUGGAAUUCCUGAACACUACAUGCACAGAGCCUUCCUGGAGAGCUUCAGGCACAAAGCUCUAGUUUUUGUUGACCUUUAAAGGCAAAAUCAGCGUUAGAGCUUUGGUUUGGAAAUGUGCAAUGUAUAGUAGACCUACCACAGAUGUAAAUCUUUAAGCUUUUUGAUGUACAACACAAAUACUGAGCAGAAACAAUUUGUUCAUGAAAAAUGUCUUCAUCUCUAUGACUUUCCAUGUUUAAGGUUCACUUUACAACUAGAGAUCGACAGAUAAGGGUCUUUCAAUGGCAAUGAUACAAUUCUAGAAUGACCGAUUACUAUUAUAAAUGCUGACAGUUAAAACAGAAAAUGUGUUCAAUUGACAAAAAAAAAAAAAAAAAAAAAAAAAAAAAACUUUAAAACAGAUGUAAUUCAUUAAUAUUGGCAUACUUUUUUUAAAGGCACAAACAUCUUUUUAUUAAAAUAUCCAAAAAUCACUAGAACAAUGUUAUAUAUUUUGUUGACUUGUGUACUUACAUUAUCCCAAAUGUUUCCAAGAGAAAUAAGCUAUUUUAACUUGACCGUUUCCUUGUGAAAGAGAAGUGUGCUUAAUUCUAUUGAAAGUGUACAUUUGUGUACUUCAAAUCUGAGAAAUAUACUUUUUAAAAAGUGCACUUGCAGAUAAUAUAAUUAAAAUUAAAGGUCACUUAAGUGUACUUAAGGAGAGUACACUUUAAUGACAAUAUUUCUUAACACACUUAAAGGAUUAGUUCAUUUCAGAAUUAAAAUUUCCUGAUAACUAACUCACCCCCAUGUCAUCCAAGAUGUUUAUGUCUUUCUUUCUUCAGUCGAAAAUAAAUAAAGGUAUUGCAUUUCCCAUCA